CUCUCGCUGUUGAGUAGUUUCUAAACAACAACAUUUCUAGCUCUGCUAGAUACGUCCAUUUUAGGACUCUUUCGAAAUUUUCUCGAUGUAGACUUAGUAGGUCUGCAUUGAUUGAUAUGAUUCUGACAAUUUUUCUAUAAAAUGUGAAGAUCACGAACAAGAAAUUCGCUAAAAAUCGCACACCAUGACGUCGACGACGACUUCAACCUACAACAAGUUUACACAAAGUUUGUCGUUGUAUUUUUUUCUUACGACAUGGACGCUGGUUUCUUCGGACAUCUACAAGUCAGUUAUGUGGACUACAAACAAUCCUUAUUUUCAGAACCAUAACAAAAGUGACAACAAUCUUAAAAGCUUCUGCUAUGGAGGUGAACUGGAGAUGAGCGUUAAAUUAAAAGAUGUGCUGCCWAUCAUUUGCCCUUUUGAAAACCUUAUCAUGCAAACCAUGGAAAGCCAGCCAUCUUCAGGAGUACUKUAUGAAAACCUCUGGAUUGUUUAUGAUUUUCAAAGCUACAACUCUUGUCACAUCAAUUCAAAUGCAACAUUUGGUGGAGGAAGUAAAAAGUUGAAGAACAAGUUGUUGUAUAAAUGCGAUUCUCCUGAUUCAUUGUCAAAUUAUUUCUAUCGCAUUGACUUCAAAGAAGAAAGUCCUGUCUCCAAARAUUUUUAUUUUGAGCCAAACACAACAUACUACUUUUUGGCUACUUCUGAUGGAGGUAAAAGUUCACUUGACAAGACUAGUGGAGGUCACUGUAACAAUGAUGGUGAUAAUGAGAUACGCAUGAAGUUCAGAGUCUAUGUUUGUGGAUCAAAUGAGCACUAUAAGGAUCCAAAAUGUGCAGAUUCUAAAACUGUAGGUACAUUCAGAUGCAUAAGACCUGAAUCUCCAACUUCGCCACCCACAACAUCAAGCUCAGUCCUAUCUACGUCAAUAUCCCCRUCUCCAACAAUCAGCACUACUGUCGUCACCAGUAGCGAUAAGAGUGAGUUAUCUGUGUGUUCCUGCCCGUCAAUGACGUACCGUUGGGUAACGUCAACCGUUGUAGUAAACGUGACAGGUAGAUGGAAUGGUUCAUUAACUGCAAUAAUGCCGUUUGCUACUAAAACAAGAAAUAACACUGCUGAACUAAUAUCAUCGAUUGCUCCUAAUACUACUAUUAAUGCUUCUAUAACUUCAAGUCAUAAUCUGCCUGGUAAUACAUCUAAUGUAAAUCCUUCUUGUGAGUGUCAGAAGGAAACAAAUGAUACACCUACUAAAGCUACAGAUCCCAGUGUCUCAUUAGAAUGUAGAAUUGGAGAAGACCCUGAUUUAGUCAAAAGUCGAGACUACUGGAGGAUUGCAGCAAUUCUAUUUGUCCUCUUAUUCAUUGCGGCAGUGGUUGCUAUAGUGAUUAUAUGCUAUAGACUUAAAAAGAAAUACUCAGUGCCUUGUAUCUACUCCAAGCAAAUAAGCGUAGCCGAGUCUUGUCACUCUCAAAACCUAUCACCUCAAAACACCGUAGACAAAAAAGGCCUAGUCAAUAAAUCAUAUGAUAAUAUGGAUGAAAUYGAUGGCCCUAAGAAAACAAUGAAUAAAGAAAACACACUUCAGACUCCAGCUGUUGAAAUGAAGAAACAACCUCCAUUAAGUAAUGGUAAUCUUCACAAUGGUUCUGUUAAUACUGACAAACAUGAUGGUGGUAUUGAAACGAAUGGCAUACAAAGGAAAGACACUGGUGAAAAUAAGACAUUUCAAAUGAAAACUCCAUCCAAACUACCUCCAAUACCAACCAAACAAACUGAUGUGGAAUUCCAAGUGUGAAUAAGGGUGGAUAAACAGUUGCAGAAGGUUUAAAAAGUGUAACUGGUGUAUCUCCAGCUUAGACUGAUUCCACAAGUCGUAGUAUUCACUCCUUGAUUUUUUCAUUUGUCGGCAGAGAGGGAACUGGUACCGACUUAUGGAAUCAGUGUAAGCCCUAAAAAAUUGUUCUUUUUCCAUCAAAUGAAGAGAUUUUUAACAGUUAGUCAUAUCCAACACAAUAUUAUCAAUUAGUAUGACAAGUAUAUCUAGAAUAUAUCCAACAUAAAUCUUUUGUAAAAAGAAUGACAGGUAGAACAGAACAUCUAGUUUUCUCGUAUCUCUUUUCAGUCUGUCUUAGCGAUGGGUUUCCUGUGUAAAGGAUUCUCAMAGGAAGCCCAACGCUAAGUCAUCCAAUAGUUUUUAGCCAUAAUGAACACAGAAGCAUAUGAAAUCAUGAUUGCUGAAAACUAACACACUGUGACAUAAGCACAGACCGAAGCAUAAGCUUGUUCACACUUGACAGAAGCAUGUUCUUCUGCUUGUGUUGUCCCGGUUCACACUCGUAAUCUUUCAACAUAAGCAGAAACAGGAGCAGAAAAAAAUGACAAAGUUUUCAUUAUCAUCUGCUUCUAUCUCCGCUUCUGUUUCCCCGGUUCACACAUACAAAAUACACUKCUUCUGCUUCUGCUUCUGCUUAUGUCAMAGUGUGAACCGGCCCUUACGCUAAUAAAUGCUGUUAACUAGCAAAUGAAAAUGCGUUAAUUUUAUUCGUAGCAUCAGCUUGACUUGUAAUCUAUAGGGGUAGAUCCAGGAUUUUCUUCAUGUAUGGGUGCAGGUAACCCAAGGAGAAAGGGGCCCCAAAAAAGUAGUGAGAAGCAAAAACAGGGAAAGUGAAAGUGAGGUGGAAAAGGGGUGAAUGGGGGAAUAAGGGAUGAGUUGGGAAGAAUUUGUUCCCAUCCAUCAGGUGGAUCCAUCACUGUGAUGCACAUAGAAUGCCCAACUAUUGCUUGCGAGACAGGAAAGAACGGUUGCGCACGCUGUGACCGACUAGUUUUUGAUCCCGCGAAGCAAGGGAUCAUGACGCAUUUCGCUAUUUUUUUUUUCUUUUCUUUCUCUCAAGCAAUAAUUGGGCGGCCUAUGUGCUACAUGAUCAUUUUCAAGUGGUUUUAUUUGUUGUAAAUGAUUUAGAAAGAAAAUUGAAAAUAYGCAAGCAUGUUUUAGUACAGUUUGAUUAAUGUUACAAUUGUUAAGAAUGAUUUUCAGUGGGAUCACGUGACCUGUCAGUGAAAUCACGCAUUUUAGUUAUAAUUAAUUGAAUGGAGAAUUAUACAUUCAUUGCACAUAGAUAUCAUUAACUAAGUUAAUAUUUUGUAUAUAUAUUAGCGAAAUUAUUGCUCAAUAAAAUAAAUUCUAAAUUCACGAUA